AUGGGUUGUGCCAAAGGAUUAAGAAAAGAACUAAAUAGUUUAUUAGCUAAAGAUAACAAAAAAAUCUCUGUGAAUGAUUUCAUCAUAAAAGCAUCGGCGUUAGCGUGUAAGCAGAUACCUGAGGCUAAUUCAUCAUGGCAGGAUAGUUUUGUUAGGCAAUAUAAUACAGUUGAUAUAAAUGUUGCCGUGGCAACAGAUUCUGGGCUUAUCACACCUAUAGUUUUUAGAGCCGAUCUAAAGGGUCUUGCACAGAUUGGUGAAGAUGUAGGAAUGUUGGCAGCUAAAGCCAGAGAUGGCAAAUUACAACCACAUGAAUUCCAAGGUGGUACAUUUACAAUCUCUAACCUGGGUAUGUUUGGUAUAAAGUCAUUCUCAGCAGUUAUCAAUCCACCACAGGCGUGUAUUCUGGCAGUAGGUGGGGCUGAAAAGAGAUUAGUCGUUGAUGAGGACAGUAGCUCAGGUUUCACGGAGGCGACAGUGAUGUCAGUAACAUUGAGUUGUGACCAUCGGGUGGUAGAUGGCGCUGUAGGUGCCAAGUGGCUAGCUGAGUUCCGUAAAUAUCUCGAAAACCCAUCAACAAUGUUGUUAUGAGGAAAAUUAUCUCAGAGUUUUAGAUUUUCUACGUUAGAAAAUGUUUUUAAUAUUUAUAGACGGGCCUUGCAUAGAAAGUGCUACAGACAGUGCUAAGGUUCUAUGCAGUUUGACUUUUCUGAUUUAAUUCUUGUUCUAAUUUAUGUAUGUUCCAGUGGUAAUUAUGGAAAGUCGAGAGUCAAGUGCUCUCUGUAAAUUGUAAAAUUGACCGUUAUAAUUAAGAAUAGCCAAAGGUAGAGCAGCCCUGUGUGAUUUUUAAAAGCAUUUUUAUUUUUAAUGGUUUAGCAAAUGCAGAGAGGAAUAAAUUCUGUGACGGCAAGGAAUUUUGAUGUUUCAGCUCUCUACUCAAAAUAAUUCUGAAUUCCAAUUUGACUUUUGCUGCAUUUUAUUACAAAUGAUACUACAUGCAUUGGCAAAUUUAUAUUUAAAUUGAAAAGUCACACUGAAUUCAACUAUGCAUAUAAAAGUUUUUAAUGGAAAACUUUGUCAAAAAAUGUUCUGCUGAGUGAAAAAGUGGAAAAUAGACAGGAUGAACCCAUUUGUUUUUAUAUAGAGAUGUUACGUAGUUAUGUGUUACUAUAGAUAGAGAACAAAUUCUUUUUAUUGGUUAUCCUAUUUUAUGGUACAUUAUUUAUUUUUCAUAAAAUCUGGAAUGAAAAUCAGUUCUGUUGUGUUAUUUGUUAGUUCUAAGAUGUAUUUGUUGAAAUAAGUAGCAUCUUUUUAUGUGUUAAGAUGUGACAGCUGACUGAUCAAUUACCAAAAUCUAGCCUUACAUAGAUAAAUUUAAACAUUGCAAUAUUUGCAUGAGUUGAAUUGAUAUAUUUAAGAAAUCUUGUGUGGGCUCUUCCUGAUCAAGUGGUUAGGGUAGCUGAAUUCUCAUCACCUGCCCUCAGCCCUAUGGGUUCAAAUCCUGCUGAGGACUUAAGAUUAUUCAUACUAGAAAGCUAUCCAGCUUGUUAAUGAAAGGUGAGUUCAUGCUAAUGAACAAGGGAGCAUUUGUGGUCUUCCUCCUCCAGUAAAGAUAGAAAGUCCUCAAGGUGCGGGUAGGACUUAAAGUGGAUUGGUCUACAAUGGGCAGAUUUUCAGUAAAUAUUUCAAAUAUUGAUAAAAACAAUAGAAAUGUAUCAUUUGGAUAUCCUACUGAAAUAUUACCUUUAAAUGAUAUUAAAAGAGUUCCAAUUAAUUUAGUAUGAACAUAUAUGUAUGUGAUACUGUAUAUGUGCAUAUUAAUGCGUCACAAAAAUUUCAAUUGGUAAAAAUCGCAAAUAUGUCAAUGUCGCUAAAUUAACCACUUACAAUGUAUACAGAAUAUAACAACUUUUUGAACUAGAACCAAAUUAUUAUCAAUUCUGCUAUAUAUAAAUACUUGUAUGUUAUAUUGAAUCAUGCAUCUCACACUUGCCAACAACAUUCAUAAAUAAUUCUUUCGUGGUUUGUGGUUAUGUAUGAUACUAAAUACUAUCAACAUAAUUAUUAAUGGUAUUUCAUACCUUCCAUUAUAGACAAAUCCACUUUAAAACUCAAUCAGGCAACAUAAUUUGUUUACAGUGAAAACAAAAUUGAAAAAUUACUUGAGAAAAAGAAACAAAUAGGGUUUUCAGUUAAUGAAAAUAGAUAUAGUUAGAGGUAGAUUGUUUUAGUGAGUACUUGCAAGUUAUUUUGUAGUUUUUGUUAAAGAAAUUUUUUGUAAAACUUUAAUAUCAAAAUUUAUGCAACAUGACAUAUAUGUAGGCUUGAGUAAAAUUUUUGUGAUGAGGCAUUGGUGAGUGUGUUGAGAAAUAUAAAUAGGUAUGAAAUAUGUGUUAAACAUUUGAAUUGAAGAUUAUUUUAAAACUUUCUUCACAUAUUGUACAUGUACAUUUUGUAUAUAAAAUGCUGACUUUGUAAUUUGUCAAAUGUUAAUGAGAAAAUUUAGUUACUAUGGUUACACUAUCUGUUGUUAUACUUAAUUAUCUAUUACAGUAAACACUUUUGUACACAGGUGCCCGCUCGUGUCUGUGUUCAGGCCCUUAGUUAGAGAUACAGGAGAUGAUAUUGAUCCAGUAAAGCUGGAAAGUCACCAUAUUACAUGAAAAGUUGUCUGUGUGACUUAGCCCAAAAUAAAAUGAACUUUUCAGUAUAUAUUUUAGUCAUUAUUUGGACAUGCAUUAUUUACUCAAAGACUUCCAGAUUAACAUUUAAUGUUUUAAGAAUUUUUAACAACAAUUAUUUAUUCACAAAUUAAUUUAUUUAUUAACAUUGACAAAUAAGUUAAUCUGUAUGUAUAGUCUUAAUAAAUGCUAUUCGGUACUUUCAUUUUCUAACGUGACACAUUGAAUUUGUAAUUUAAGCCAGCCUCAUGUGAAUAGAACAUAAAGCAUUUGUUCUUUUGUUGUGUCCGUCUUCUAGAGGGGCACUUAAGGACCUAAACUGCUGGAACUUCGGCUGUAAUGUGCCAUUUGUUAAGAUAUGUCCAGAUAACUAAUAUAGCACCAGUUUUGUCCCUUUGUUGAAGGCUGAAUUUGGAACUAAUUUUUGAGGGCAAAGAUAAUGUUAAAUACAAACCUGUAUUAUAAUAAUAGAAAUUAAUGUGCAAGUCAGCCAUUUUGACAGAAAAAGUUAAAGAACCCUAACUUAAUUUUAAGACACUGUGCAAUAGAUAUAUAAGACAAUGAUAUAUAAAAGAAUGUUAACAGUAUUUCAAAUGACCUUUAUUUUGAUAAAAUUAUAGAAAGUACUUGUUUGAAAGAAUACAAGAUGUUAGUUUAGUUGUUAGGUAGAAAUAGAGUGAUGUUUUUGUGACAAGUUCACAAGUCACCAUUUCAAAUACAAGCAGUGAAAGGUUCUUCAUCUAUGCUUCUUGUAUAGAUCCAGGCCAGCCAAAAAUUAAGUGUUGUCUUCUUACCUGGCACUAGGCUGAUAGCUACUAAAUCUUUGUAUUUUAUUUAAAAAAGAGAGGAAGAAUCUUGAAAUGCUUAUAAACUGCAAGGCAAGGCUAUUGCACAAUUUCAGCAGCUUAAGGGUUAACAUAAAAUGGAAUUAUAAAACUUAUUAUAUGAAUUCCUUAAAACUGUAACUAGUAUUCAGUUCCAAUGGGGCAUCAAGGGCACAGGAUCAAGAUCAUUGACGUCAAACCACUUCCUCCUUUCCACUGUGGAUUUGAAUCCAGCCAGGAACUUUGGCUAUCCAUCUAGCUUAAGAAAUCUCAGUGGUUUAUACUUUGCAUGGAGGGCCCCUGAGGUCUUCCUCUGCCAGUAAAGUCACGGUAUGACCUCUAUUGUAUAAUACUAUUGCUGCGAUGUAAAACACCACCAAAAACAAAAAAAAGCCUUUGCAAGGUAGACAAGGUAGUAAGGAAGCAAUAAGUGCUAUAUUAAAGAGCCAAAUACAAGUUUGAGAUUAUGAUUUUUUGAAUGUGACAUUUUUACUAAUUAUGCUCACAUUUUUAGCUCGACUAUUCGAAGAAUAUGAGAGCUAUUGUAGUCGCCCCGGCGUCGGCGUCGGCGUCCGCGUCCGCGUCGGCGUCUGCGUUGGUUAAAGUUUUUUGUAAAGUCAAAUAUCUCAAUUAUUGCUUGAGAUAUUCAAUUGAAACUUACAAUACUUAUUUAUAGUAACAAGGUACAUCAGAUUGACAAGUUGGAUAACUCUACCUACAAUAUUGACAGAAUUAUGCCCCUUUUUAACUUAGAAAUUUUGGUUAAAGUUUUUUGUAAAGACAAAUAUCUCAAUUAUUGUUUGAGAUAUUCAAUUGAAACUUACAAUACUUAUUUAUAGUAAUAAGGUACAUCAGAUUGACAAGUAGGAUAACUCUGCCUAUAAUAUUGACAUAAUUAUGCCCCUUUUUAACUUAGAAAUUUUGGUUAAAGUUUUUGUAAAGUCAAAUAUCUCAAUUAUUGUUUGAGAUAUUCAAUUGAAACUUACAAUACUUAUUUAUAGUAACAAGGUACAUCAGAUUGACAAGUUGGAUAACUCUGCCUACAAUAUUGACAGAAUUAUGCCCCAUUGCAAACUUAGAAAUUUUGGUUAAAGUUUUUUUGUAAAGUCAAAUAUCUCAAUUAUUGCUUGAGAUAUUCAAUUGAAAUUUACAAUACUUUUUUUAUAGUAACAAUGUACAUCAUUUUGCAAAAUUGCAUUUCUGUCUGCAAUAUUUGCAGAAUUAUUUGCCCCUUUGAAACUUAGAGAUUUUGGUUAAAGGUUAAAGGUCUUCAAAGAUGUUUACUUGAAACUUUACACAUGUACUUAGGGUCAUAAUUUGAGGGUCAUAAUUGUAUGUCACUGACCAAGUUCCAUAACUCUAUCUUGCAUUAAGGCUGAUUCAUAUCCCCUUUUCUACUUAGUCUCUUGGUUAAUGUUUAAAUGCAAGUUUUACAUAUCUGAAUAACUAUUAAAGAUAUUUAUUUAAAACUUCACAUAUGCAUUUAGGGUCAGAAUUGUAGGUCACUGACAAAGAUCCAUAAUUCUAUCUUGCAUUUAGGCUGAUUUUUCUUCCCGUUUUCAACUUAAAAAAUUCAUGGUAAAGUUUUGCUUCUAAGUUGUUAUCUCCAUAACUACUGAAGGGUUUGUGCCUUUUUUGGGACAAUUUUAUAUUUUAUAAAAAAAAAUUAGCCCUUUUGUGAACUUAGAAUAUUUAACAUUAUUAAGGCUCUUUUACUGUCAAGCACUUAGAAUAGUCGAGCGUGCUGUCCUACCGACAGCUCUUGUUAUAUAUAUACUAAGCACAGGUGUUUGACAUCUAAUAUCCCCCAUCAUACAUUCUUCUAUAAUAAACAUAAGUUGGGUUGAUUAUAUAUACUGGUAGGGGUAUGGGGUAUGUGUUAGAUAGUGGGGGGGGGGGGUUUACCUGUAAUGCUAAGUAGAUUAUUAAAAUUAGUUUAAUUAACCAAAAUUAUCUUAUUAUAAUCAUAAUAUACAGGUUGGUUUUUUGGGGUUUUUUUUUUCACGAAUGGAUAGUAUUUGUCCAAGUUAAGUUAUACAUGUAAAGAGUAUGAAGUGAAAAAUAAAGUGGAAAGAGAGUGUAAUUAUAUAACUUGAAUGGAAUGUAAUGAUGCUUUAAAACUCAUCAUUAACUAAAUCUUUUUUUGUUUUUCCAUUAAUAACAUGUUUACGUUAGUUGUCAUUCUUUGCCUUCUGGUGAAAGUGUUUUACAAACAGCUUUUAUUUAAAUUUAAGUUAUUAAACCGCUGUAUUCUUUAAAGUUUUUAUUUUAAUUUCUCUCUUUAAACAUUAUUGUAAACAUGGCUUGAAAGUGAUUAUAGAUUUUGUUAAGUUUGCUUUAACUGGACUUGAUAAUGUAAUAAACUUGUUAAAAUCA